AUGUCGGAAAACAUGGUUCUAGACCUCUCUCACAACUACCUCACAGGCCGCGCACUGAAGCCCCUUGCUGCGCGAACCCUAUAUCUCUCCAGCAACUUCCUCUCGGGCCCUCUGCCCGACGGGGCAUGCCAGCCUCACUCUUUUGAUGCCAACUGCUUCACGUUGCCGCUUGGCUGUGCCUUGGUGCCCCAGCGACAGGAGGCAGCAUGCAAUGCAUUCUGUGGCGUCUCCUCUGCUGCUGGUGCUGCUGCUGCUGCUGCGUGUGGAGGACAUGGGGUGUGCUAUCCAGAGGGGGCUAGCUUGGCACCCACAUGUCUGUGUGAUGCGGGAUUCGUGCAAUUUGGAGGGAUCACCUUUGUUGCUCAAGGCCAGAACAAAAACUACUCAAGCAGUCAAGCGGUUCUCCCACCAGCAUCUAUACUCACCAGGGGGGGGCAGCGCGAGACGAAGGGGAACUUCACCGCAGAGCCGGUGAAGUUGUUUGUGUACGAGGCAAACCAGGGACUGUCGCGGUGUGGGCUGCAGCUCGCCUUUCACGCCAACUUUACCUUCUCCCUCUUGCCUCGAUCUGGCCACGUGGGCUUCAACGGCUUAGCGUUUGUCAUCUCGGCAACGGACCAGGUGGGGAGUGGCGCUGGGGUGGGGUAUGGUGGAAUGGACACACGGAGCAUGGCGGUGGAGUUUGACACUCUGCGGAACAAGGAGCAUGGCGACAUGAGCAGCCACCAUGUCGGGCUGAACGUUCGAGGCGAAGACAGAUCGCUAGUCGCUGUGAGGUCACCCUUCCGUCUGAGCAACAGGAAGGCGUACACGGCGUGGGUGGACUAUGAGCCAGGAGACCCCGGCACCAUCCAGGUCUUCCUGGCUGACUCGCAGGAGAAGCCGCAGCAAGCGGUGCUGGAGUGGAGGCUGGCGCUGUGUGAGGUGCUGCAGGGUGCAGUUGAUCAGCCCGCCUUCUUCUUUGGCUUCGUGGCGUCCACCACUGUGAAGCCGUUUCAGCGGCACGUCAUUCUUGAAUCGACAGUGGAUACAGCCUAUGGCCUGCAGCUAUCAACGAACACAUACAUGCCAGAACGGGCCAGCCCCUUCCCGCGCUAUGUGAGUGCGGACUACCGUGUUGCGCCCAGCAAGCAGGACUCGUGGGUCAUCAGCGACUUCCACUCCUGGGACUCCGCACCGCAGCUGUCAGUGGAGUCACUCUUUGCAGCCAUGGGGCUCACCUCCGAAGCUGACAAGUGCAGCACGGGGGGCUCCCCCACCGAGGCGUUGGAAAGGCUUCUCAUGCUGCCUCGCGGUGGAGUCACAGAGAAAAAGGAGUACCCUAUUCAUGGCUUUGAGCGCACAAGGUUCAAGGGGCUUGUGGGGCUCAUGCUGGCAGUGCGUCGACAGCCAGUGGUGGUUCACAUUGAGGCUUCUGCUCUGAGUUUUGCACAAUAUGACGGGACCUUCAAGUACCAGGAUCCUGGUUGCUACACCGGCAGACUGAACCACGUUGUACUCGUUAUCGGAUACUUCAUCUUGAGAAAUGACGGCAGCCAAAAUCGCAUAGCGCCUCCAUUUUGGAUCAUCCGCAACUCGUGGGGAGUGGAGUGGGGUGACCGGGGCUACAUGCGCAUGGACAUUCAGGGAGGGGAUGGCGUGUGUGGCAUCAACGUGCUGCCUGGCAUCUACCCCAUUGUCAAGAUGGAUGUGUGUGGGUCUGACUUGAAGAACCCAUGCUACGUGGGCGCUUGCAUCAACGACGGCAAGGGCUCCUACUCCUGCAUCUGCCCCCCCAACUACGUUGAAAGCACAAUCAUUGAUAGCUUCCCCACCUGCGACCCAGCCAACGUCACAGCCAGCACCCUGGCCGUGAGUGGGAGCAACUGGUGGUGCCCCGAUGUCCUCUCUAUUGUGGGCCUCUCACUUCCCCAAUUCACACAGCAAAAUCAGGGCAUUGACUGCAAUCAGGCUUUGCCUCGUAACAUGGUGCUUCAGCUGGGAAAUCCUCUCCUCGUUCCCUGCAAUGCGUUCUUCUACACCCUCAGUGGCGACACAUGCUGGUCCAUCAGUGCUCAGCUGUUCCUCACCACCAGCAACCUCACGGCACUCAAUCCCGGCCUUGACUGCUCUGAGCCCAUCAAGGCGGGCCGCUCUCUGUGCGUCGAGCGCAACGCCACCUUCGCCUUCACUGUGCCUCGGUGCCUACGUUACGGCGUGCUUACAGCACAGGACACGUGUGAACGCCUGCUGCUGGAGGCGGGGAGUGAGGACGACCCAACGGGGGCUGGGAACGUGAACGCUGUGCGCUGGGCUGAGCUGUACCGCAACAAUCCCGGCCUCAUCUGCUCGAGUGUCAUCCCGGUCUCCGCCUCUGCUGUUGGCAGCAACACUGGCGUGCAGGUGAGAGGUGGAGGUGAACUGGGUUGGGGGCGCAAGAGAUGGGAGGGAAAUGGAGGGAAGAUUGGUGGAUGGACUAAACGUAUACUUGAUGGAUGUUGGGGCAAGGAGUCAUUUCUCAUAUGCCAGCGUGGUGUUUUUUCCAACUAUUUGCCCUUGAUUGCCCGUUGA